UUCUCAAGUGGCAGCGAUGAAUGGUGCGAGAUAAUCAUCGGCUCCACCACACACACACACACACACACACAUCUCUCCGAUCCCACUCCGGACCUGGAUGCGGGCAUCCUUGGAUUGUCAGCACGGAGCCAGUCGCUGGGGAAGUUGCCGGGACGAGGAUGGUGUUCUUCCCGGGGACUGAAUCCGCGGCUGCUGCUCGUCUCACGGAGCGGGGGAUGCGCUCAAUGUGACAUUCACUUGUGCGCUGGUGUUGACUGUAUUGUUCUCGUCCCGUGCAGACGCAGAGCCGCGGGUCUUUUUUAGGGAAGAUGUUGAGCCGAUUCAUGAGUGGCAGCAUCAGGAAUCUUGAACGGGAAUACGACUGCACGGUCAGACUGCUGGAUGAUACGGAAUAUACGUGCACCAUUCAGCGGGAUGCAAAGGGACAGUAUCUGUUUGACAUCAUCUGCCACCACCUGAACUUAUUGGAGAAAGACUACUUUGGCAUCAGAUAUGUGGAUCCAGACAAGCAGCGGCACUGGUUGGAGGUCACAAAAUCAAUCGCGAAGCAAAUUAAAUCUCAGCCUCCCUUCACCAUGUGUCUGAGAGUCAAGUUCUACCCUCCCGAUCCCGCUGCGCUCAAGGAGGAGAUCACUCGAUAUCUUCUCUUCCUUCAAAUCAAGAGAGACCUGUACCACGGUCGUCUCCUGUGUAAAACCUCGGAUGCUGCCAUGCUGGCUGCCCACAUCCUUCAAGCUGAGAUCGGAAAUUAUGACCCCGGGAAGCACCCUGAAGGUUACAGCUCCAAAUUCCAGUUCUUCCCUAAACAGUCGGAGAAGCUGGAGCGCCGGAUCGCAGACAUACACAAGACGGAGCUGAUAGGACAGACACCUGAAACAUCGGAGCGGAAUUUCCUGCAGAAAGCCCAGAUGCUGGAGACAUAUGGUGUCGAUCCCCAUCCAUGCAAGGAUGUGUCUGGGAAUCCAGCUUUUCUCGCCUUCACGCCGUUUGGUUUUGUGGUGCUUCAGGGAAACAAAAGAGUCCAUUUUCUCAAAUGGAACGAGGUGACCAAGCUCAAGUUUGAAGGCAAGACUUUCCACAUAUAUGCAAAUCAGAAGGAGGACAGAAAGAUCAUCUUGACAUACUUUGCGCCCACACUAGAGGCGUGCAAGCACCUUUGGAAGUGUGGAGUCGAGAACCAAGCUUUUUACAAGCUUGAGAAGUCAAGUCAGGUUCGCACAGUGUCCAGCAGCAACUUGUUCUUCAAGGGCAGCCGUUUCCGCUACAGUGGACGAGUGGCAAAAGAGGUGAUGGAGCAGAGUGCCAAAAUCAAACGCGAACCUCCAGAAAUACACAGGGCUGGCCUCGUGCCCAGCAGAAGUUGUCCAUCCAUCACACACGGGCCUCGGCUCAGCAGCGUACCGCGCACGCGCCGGAGAGCCGUGCACAUAUCUAUCAUGGAGGGUCUGGAGUCCCUGCGAGACAGUGCCCACUCCACCCCGGUGCGCUCCGUGUCCCACGGGGAUUGCUUCCUGCCUCGCUCCCGGAGCCACGCACCAGAGGCGGGCGAGGGGAUGGCGGUCAUCUCGGACGAGGCCUACAGUCCCUCCGACAGCGUCCUCCCCACCCCGGUCGCCGAGCACAGCAUGGAGCUGGCCGCCGCCCGCCAGACCAACGGGGCGCCCUGUAGCAUCGAGGAGGAGAAGGAGUCGGAGGCGGGCACCCCGAAGCAGGGAGAAGGGGGGGAUUUAGGUGCGGACGGUAGACGUGUACAGCAGGGUUCAGGGGGGGACUCGGCCCUCAGCGAGGUGGAACAGGUGAAUAAAUUCGUCUUAAGUGUCCUCCGUUUGCUCCUUGUGACCAUUGGACUCCUCUUUGUCCUGCUUCUCCUCCUCAUCAUCCUCACCGAGUCCGACCUUGACGUUGCAUUUUUAAGUGAUAUCCGCCAGACGCCCGAAUUUGAGCAGUUCCAUUUCGAAUACUUUUGCCCCCUCAGGCGGUGGUUUGCCUGCAAGCUCCGCUGGGUGGGCGGGUUGCUCAUUAACGACUGAGAGGCGGCCGUUCAGGGGUCUGAGGAGACGGUUAGGACUCUGGAGGAGUGACGGAGAUCAGCCUUGUCCCAACAAUGAACCCUGCUUGUCUCAUCCUCCUCCUGCAGACGAACAGUUGGGACCACCGCUGGUACCAUCACACCAGGAUCUCUUUCUCUCCCUCGUUCCACGCUGACUUUGAGUUGUCCCGUCCUCACCAGCCACUUGCUCAUUUUCUUUUAGUUCAUCCUUUUUCACUUUUUCUUUUGCUCCACCAAGCCUGAACUGUUUUUUCUGCAUUUUUUUUCCCCACCUCAAGUCAUUUCAGGUAUUUUUUAUUUUUUAGAAAAUAACACAAAGGGGAGAAAAAAAAAUCAAGAGUUCAUUUAAAACAAAUGGAAUAUUUCAUUGCAACUGAUUAAAGUUGCCUUUGUUUGUUAUUUAUUUCAUUGCUUGCAUCAGAACAGAAGAGUUCAUGAAUGGUGACCCAGGAAGUUGAUUUGUCCUUAAAAAGAAAAGAAAAAGGUUUGUCGAGACUGCUGCAGAGGAUGCAAAAUAGUGAAAUAUAUUUUCUUAUUGGUUCAUCCCCUUCAGAAGAUGAACAGCAGGUAAAACCUUUUAGAAAACAAUCAGAACCACAUAAAAGCAGAAAGACAGUGAAACGGACAGGGUGAUUACCAAAUAAAUGCCUUUCUUUGACUAGAUAUUGAUGCUUAAAACCUUUUUGGAUUGUUUAAGACAAUUAGACUUAAAUCUACGGAGGGCACAUGAGGUCAGCUGAUGAAGAUCAACGUUUCUAACAUUUUAUAAGAAUUAGGUGUUAUAAACCAGUAGUGUCAUGUGACCCAGUAGUGUCCGAUGCAGUUAGAGGAAUACUCAUUAUGAGAAAAGACUCACUGGCACCGAUAGAUAAUAGCCUAGAUAGAUGUGCAAUGCUGAUAUGGUUUCCAUUAUUAAUCACUUUGAAUGUGCUCAUUUCUUCAGUUAUGUUGUUUCUCCAACUGAAAUGAUUUGCAUCUUCUCGCCAAAUUGAAAUUCAAUGAAUUUCAAUUAUUUCUUAGGAGGGGUUUGAUCCAUUUUGGUUUGAAAUCAACCUUGCUUUUAGGUUUAUGUAUCAUAUUCUAUUAUUGUUGUUAUUAUUACUGCUAGAAUAAGCAUAAUGAUGUACUUUUUGUACAAAUUAGUUUGUUUCCUAAUAUAUAUUGACAGGUUUUCCAUGUAUAUUUUAACAGAACUGAAAUAUUAUUUUGUUAUCGAAGAUUAAAUUAUACCUUUUUUA